AUGGACGAGCAGGAUGAAGCAAACAAAGGCAGAUUUGAAGGCGAGCCUGGGUUCACUCAUGGCUCAAAACCGUUACACCAGAACCAGGCUAUGUUUGACACAUCUAAAGAUGGCAAGGCGGAGCAAGUCGAUACAAAGUUUUGUCCAGGACGAGGGCAUGAAACGAACACGCCACAAGCUCCAUCGUGUGAAAAAGACUCAAAGGAUAAACAGAAUGACACAAAUCAUGGGAAAGAGGACAAUGGGGAACGAGAAGUGACCGAUCCUAUUACGCAUCUUCCAGUCAUGAUACAUGACUUUACAAGCCAAGAACUCAAAAACGCUCUUAAGAAUACACCCUUGACUGACAGCCAACGGCUACGACCGAGUGAGCUUGCAAAACUGAAGAGCAAGAUUCAGUCAAAUAAAACCUUGGAGGGCGAAGGUGCGCAUGCUGUCUAUCUGUUCAAUCUGAGCAAAGGGUUAUCAAGUCUAAAUGAGGUAAGCCGAAGACAACAGGCCGAUGCCGUGUUGGCGACAAUUACCUUGGAAGCGGUUGUGUUUGUCUUUGGGAUCUGGGGGUUACGACAUUGGGUAGAAAACAAAGUUGAUGGGUUCUGGACGGUCCAGGCGUUGAAAAGUGAGAGGCAGAGUGAAAAGGAUAAAGCAGACGCCCAUACCCCUGAGUCGACACAGUGGCUGAAUUCUCUCCUGGCGUCAAUAUGGCCACUGGUGAAUCCAGACCUUUUCGCCAGCCUGGCAGACACUCUUGAGGAUUCCAUGCAAGCCAGUCUACCAAAACUGGUAAAUAUGAUCAAUGUUGAAGACCUAGGUCAAGGAAGCGAAGCACCUCGUAUCUUGGGGGUACGAUGGAUCCCAUCUGAUGCGAAUGGCCGCUCGGCCUCAGGCAGUGAGAAGGGGAACGAUAAGCCCAACCAGUACACCAAAGACGAGCCUCAAAGGGGACACGAACAGAGCCUUAUGAAAGUCGUGGAAGCCGAGGAAGGAGACUUUGUCAGUCUCGAAGUUGCCUUUGCAUACAAGGCGAGGCCUGCUGGAAGAAACUUGAGCGCGAUGGCUGAGAAUGCUCACCUCUUUCUGGCAAUUUAUCUAGCGGCAGGUAUACAUCUUCCUAUCUGGGUUGAGAUACAGGGCAUCGUGGGGAUGCUCCGUCUCCGACUCCAACUCACACCCGAUCCUCCCUUCCUCGCCCAAAGUACUUUUACUUUCAUGGGGCAACCCAAGGUCAACCUAUCUUGCAUGCCCGUGUUCAAGCAUGGGCUUAAUAUCAUGAAUCUCCCGAUUAUUUCCAGCUUCGUUCAGAAUUCGGUAGACGCCGCGAUGGCCAACUAUGUCGCUCCCAAGAGCUUGACGUUGGAUCUCAAGGAUAUGGUUAUGGCGGAGGACUUUAAGAAAGACACAAGCGCUCACGGUAUUGUUGUCGUUCGGAUCAAGCGGGCCACGGGAUUCAAGGGAAGUAAUACAGGCUUGUUUGGGAUGAAGAAAAGGUCUAUUGAUCCGUAUGUCUCCGUCAGCUGGACCAAAUUCGGAAAGUCUGUGUGGGCAACCAGGGUAAUUGUGUCGGAAAUGGAACCGAUUUGGGAAGAGACUGGAUUUAUUAUCAUCGGCCCCAAGGAAUUGAAUGCACAGGAAAGACUUAGGGUCCAGCUGUGGGAUUCCCACCAGUCCACAGCUCACGGUGAUCUCGGCUUUAUAGAUAUUGGGCUCAAUGAGGCCAUGCAAAGCCCCCAAACGAAUGGAAAGAUGUGGGAUCGACGAGACAAGUUGCAUAAACUUAGUACCAAAGAGGAUAUGCCAUGCAUUCUGGAUUGGAGCUUGGGUUAUUUUUCUAAAAGAAGGAUUUCACCGACUCAACGUGCACCAGAGUCCGAUGAUCGGGGUGUUGAAAAUGUCGACGAUCUUAAGAACAAGGUAGCAGGAGGGGCACCACAGAAGCUGCCAGAAUCAAGAAAAGGCGAAUUCCAUAAGAUUGAGCAGCAGAAAGUGCAAGACAUCAAGACCAGAAAAGAUGAGAUAAUAAUAUCAUCUCCACCCUCCCCGGAUUAUCGCAGCGGUAUAUUUGCGAUUCAGAUUCAUCAAAUCCUUGGCCUGGGAUUCAAAAAAGUGAAAAGGAACCAAGGGGACGGCGUUCCUGAAGACGAUGACCAAGCAGAAGGUGAUGACCUGCUCAGCAGCUAUUGCACCGUUAUCUUAAAUCAUCAGAAAAUCUUCAAGACACGGACGAAACCUAAAAGUGCAAAACCAUCUUUCAACGUUGGAGCAGAACGAUUCAUCCGUGACUGGAGCACAGCAAAGGUCAUACUUACAGUGCGUGAUCUUCGCAUGCAUGAACGCGACCCUUUAGUCGGAAUUGUUGUCUUGCCACUUGCAGAGAUCUUCAAACAAAGAUCUCAAAUUAAUGAUUAUUUCUCACUAUCCGGUGGUAUUGGACACGGUCGCGUUCGUAUCUCGAUGGUGUUUCGGUCGAUAGAAUUACAAGCACCCAGAGAACUCCUAGGUUGGGAGUACGGCACUCUCCAGAUAAGGUCCGAUAUAGACUUAAGUGAUUUGCCCGACCAUUAUAAGGAACUUUGGUUGAAACUGCAUACUUCAUUCGGGAGCGAUCCUAUGAGGGUACAGCUUGAUGACUGGGGUGGCCAUCAAAGUCAGCCAGUUGAACUUGCGGUACAACAGCGUUAUUGCUCCAGUCUUGUUAUUGAGUUUCUGGAAAAAGGUCAUAUCCACCAUCAUAUUCCAGCAUUCGCUAUUCUAUGGCUCAAAGACAUACCUGAUGAUGAGGAGAAGAUGGUGACCUUGCCAGUGUGGAAAGGUGAUGUCAAGCGAGCAGAGGCUAACUGUGGGCUGGAUAAUGGCGAGAAGCUCGGGCACAUAGAAGUGCAUCUCAGAUUCUGGCCCGGCAUCGGCGACCAUCACAAGAAGCUUGCCUCUAAAGACAGGAAUCUACAGGACGUGAUGGAAGUUCUUGGCGUCGCGAAUGAUAACAAGAACAAGGCUUUUCUAGAGGAAACCGCCUUCAGCAAUCAUAACAACUUAAAUAAUGAGGAUGGCCCAUGA